AUGACGGCCAAAUCCCCAGCGGUCCACCAGACCGUUGACCUGGUUGAGCAAUAUGAAAAUGGAGUUGACAAAGCGGUAGAUCUGGUGGCUGGCCAUGACGACGAGUCCCUGAACCCAGCCGAGGCGCGAAGAAUACGAAACAAGGUUGACCGUGUUGUUCUGCCAUUGCUAUUCGCGGUAUACAUUCUCCAAUACUUGGACAAAACGACCAUAGGGGCAUCUUCUAUCUUGGGACUUAUAAGCGACAACCACCUCACUGCUGACCAGUUCAACACGCUGGGAUCCGCAUUUUAUAUUGGCUACAUUAUCUGGGCCUAUCCGCACUCCUGGGCACUACAACGUUUACCCGUCGGCAAAUAUCUAGCAGCCAACAUUCUCCUGUGGGCUUUGUUCCUGGGGCUUCAGUGCGUGUGUACCAACUUCGGUGGCCUUUUCAUCCUCCGAUUUCUGCUCGGGGCGUCUGAGGGCUGCAUGACCAACGGCGUCAUGGUAGCCACUUCUAUGUUCUACAAUCGUACCGAGAUCGGGCAGCGCAUUGGGUGGACGAUCCAGUGCAAUGGGUUUGCGACGAUUAUUUCUGGCUUUUUGGCAUACGGUGUUGCGCACUCGAGCCCCACCAAGAAACCUGCCCAAUGGCAGCUUUUAUUAAUCAUCUACACGAGCCUUUCACUGCUUAUUGGUUCCUUGUUCUGGUGGUUCUUCCCGGACAGCCCGAUGGAGGCCUGGUUCCUAACCACGGAUGAGAAGAUAAAAGUGGUGCAUCGCAUUCAAUCAAACCAGAGUGGCAUUGAGACGAAGGUGUGGAAGCGCGAACAAGCUGUUGAAGCGAUCAAGGAUGCUAAGACGUGGCUCUUCUUCUUUCUUGCUGCAAUCUCGUAA